AGACAGCUGUGUUUGCAAAAGACAACCAUUUGAAUGUAACGCCCGCUGAAUGCCAGGCCAAUUAUCUUCUGAGAAGGGGGGGGGCGCACCCUGAGUGACGUCGGCGAUGUUUGUGCAGGCGGAUAAUGCUCCGAAGUGAAUAAGCAGCUGUGUGUACACACGGACAGGACAACAGGGACCGGACGCAGCCCGUUGUGUGCCGAGAGGAGGAACGUAAAGAGUCGUUUCUACAUGUUACAUGGCGAGGUUAUCCUGAAAGAUGGAAGGAGGAAAUUUUGGCUGCUCCAGAGAUUAUGUUGACCGCUUCAUCCAAAGCCAAGACUCAUCUGUGGUUAACAAGUUCCAGAAGAAGUACUGGAAAACCAAACAGACACUCAUCAAAGUCACUGGGAAAAAAGAGGAUGAGCAUGUGGUGGCGUCAGACGCAGAUCUGGAUGCCAAAUUGGAGGUCUUUCAUUCCAUCCAGAGAACAUGUAUGGAGCUGCUGAAGGUCAUCGAGCAGUAUCAGAGGAGGAUCUACCUUAUUUCCCAAGAGGAGAAUGAGCUGGGUCGUUUCCUGCGCUCCCAGGGCUCUCAGGACAAAACCAGGGCUGGAAAGAUCAUGCAGGCGACAGGGAAAGCUCUCUGCUUCUCCUCCCAGCAAAGACUAGCUCUGAAGAACCCCCUGUGCCGUUUGUACCAAGAGGUCGAAACAUUUCGCUAUCGAGCCAUCUCAGACACGUGGCUGACAGUGAACCGAAUGGAGCAGAUCAGGACUGAAUACCGUGGAGCACUGCUGUGGAUGAAGGAUGUUUCUCAGGAGCUGGAUCCAGACACAGAUAAACAGAUGGAGAAAUUCCGCAAGGUUCAGGCCCAGGUGCGCACUACCAAAACAAGCUUUGACAAACUCAAGAAUGAUGUCUGCCAAAAAGUGGACCUGCUGGGAGCCAGCCGCUGCAACCUCCUGUCUCACAUUUUGACCACAUACCAGACGACACUUUUGCACUUCUGGGAGAAGACAUCCCACACUAUGGCGGCCAUUCAUGAGAGCUUUAAGGGCUGUCAGCAUUACGAGCUCUCCACACUUAAGGCCUUACAAGGCCCCAUGAACAAGGUGGCAAAGAAAAAGGGGAAAAAGAAAAGUAAAGCAGAGACAGAAGGUGAAAAGAAAGCCGAGACCACACAUGGCCAACUCAUCUCACUGGAAAAUGAAAACGACAGUGAUGCAGCCAAUGAAGGAAAUGAAGAUCCUUUGAAAUUAGAAGAAGAGGAGAAGGACAGCUUGGCUUUACUGAAUGAGAUCCUGGGCAGUGCGUCUGUGGAUGAGGGCGACUUCUGCCGGGAGUGGAUGGAAGUGUUUGGCCACACUCAGGAAGGAACGAGUACACCAUCUGACAGAACAGCAGAGACGGCCCAGCAAAAAGAAAAUGCCUUCUUUCUACCAUCUCAGUUGCUUGACCAGAACUUGAAUAACCUUCAGUCUUCCCUCUCAGAUUGGGCCGGGAUCAUUCCACAGCCGGAGUGCUCAUCUGGAGCCACUCAGAACCCUUCUAAUCCAGCAGUCAAAGAGACAGCAGGGAUGUCCAAAGACCUCUCGGCAUGGUUCAACCUGUUUGCUGACUUGGACCCUCUCUCCAAUCCCGAUGCUGUCGGGAAAAACGACACAGAGCACGAACUUCACACUGCAUAGCUGUCCUCAGCAUCACGGGUACCUUUGUUAGUGGGUACAGCAACAUAAUGCUGCUACUGUGACCAGAAGAUUUGUUGACUAAAUGUGUCAGAAAACGUAUCUGCAAUCAUUUAUAAAUAAUCCAACAAUUAUCACAGUCACUUGUAAGAAAAAAAUCCCAAAAUAAUCUCUGGUUCCAACUUCUCAGAUGUGACUGAUGCUUUUCUUUGUCAUAUGAUAAACUGAAUACAUUCAGAUUUUGGACUGUUGGUCAGAGACAAGCAAAUUUAAAGCAUGAUCAUGUACAAUGGGAAAUCCUAUCUCCCAUAUAAAAUAAUUAAGGGAAAAAAUAAACAGAUUAAUCGAUAAUGAAAAGAACGCCUAGUUGCUGACCUAACUGAUCUUUUUCUUCCAAUAAAAAUACAGGAUGAUUACUGUCACAACACACUCCAAAAAAUGUAUCUUAUUAAAAUGCAAAUGGCUUGUUACAUGGAGAGGUUUUCUCAUUAGAACAAAAACUGAUCAUGUUUUAUUCAUGGUGGCAGCAAUAUACUGCUCCUACAUGUCCCACUAACAACCAUCAGCUCUUGUGUCCUUUUCCAUGGCGAAAGAAAAAUAUUUGCAAGACCUUACUGAGCCUGUUGGCUGUUUCACUGGGUUAAACAUUUAAUGGAUACCUCAGUAGUUUGGAACAAUAAGCCUUUGACAUUAGCUGCCUUGGAAAUCUGUAGCAUUCAUGCUUUAUUUCUGAUUUUCAUUACAGAAGAUUGCAAACAGUCAAAAGUACUUAGUACGAAGCACCAGUGAGGGGAAAAAGCAAACAUGGCAAAGAUCAUGGAGCAAAGGUUUAUGUGUUAACAGUAUAGUCCAACAUGCUUGGUGAAGGAAAGUUAAUGCAGUCAUGUAAAUAUUCAAUAUACAAAAGGAUUUUUUUUCCCAGCAAUCUAUCCACUGGAAUUACUCUGCAACUACUUCACAGAGAUCUGAGCAAGUGAACCGGAUUCAUCAAGAUCUUGUUUCCCUCCGACCCUUUUAAGAUUUCUGAUUUUAAGUUUGCCUACCUGUGAUCCCCUUUUGAAUACACUCCAAAAGUGUGACCACAUGUAUCACUGCAUGUUGCAUGCCAUGUUUUACAUUAUCCAGAAACUGUGAUUGUUGAAUGUUUAUAUUAAGACAUUUCUGAUAAAUGUAGUUUUGCACAUUAUUUCUUGAGUUAUUGGCUUUUAUGGGCAAUAUGUUCAGUUUGUGGUGUUUUGGUCUCUGAGCCAAACUGAAUGUUUUGAUGAAAACUAUAUUUCAGAGUAAAAGCCUUAAUAAUCAUCAUCACUGAACUCCUUAUCCUGUAUAGUACUAAUGUGUGUAAAUUAUUUUUGUUGUAACUUAACCUUGUGUCAUUUAGAUGUUCAAGCCAUGUGACAUUUGUUAUUAAGUCAUAACCAAAUACGCUGAUUGCCUUACCUUGACUAUUUGUAUAGGCUGUAAAUGCCAUGCUUCUGUAUAGUGAUAUUUAGUGGAUGUGUCCGCCUGCAGCCUUUGAAAAGGAUUACAUACCAAAUCAAAUGGAGUUUUUUGUUUUCUUUAUUGAAAAACACACAAGAUCUACAUAAAAAUAUGUAAUAUACAGGAAAACAGAAUCAUCAUUGCCAAACAUGGCAACCAUUCCUAAACUGCACUGCAAUAUGACUUUGUGGAUAAAAUCAAAAUUAGUAUGACUGAGCUUCUUGGAGCUGCAAGUAGAACAACGUAUUUCAACUAAACUUGUGAGGAAUGUGCUGUAUAUGUGGUUCAUGUUUGUGUUUCUGUGCGCAAUGGGGUUUUAUAGACAGAGGUUUUGGAAUGAAAUACUGUGGGGUUAAAUCCUCCCCUUUAAGUUGACCUGCUCUCCACCAGUCACAUGAAGUGAUCCAACGUAUGCAGGUAAUGUUAGGGCUCAUCUGUGUGGAUCAGUAUUCUGAGCCAAACUGUGGCAGAAAAAAUGUGUAAAUUUACUUCUAACAUAAAAAAAUCAACUGCACACUCAAGUUCUGAUUGCUUUAACUUACCACCUGACUAAAAUAAAACGGAUUAUUGCCUCAUGAGCAAGUGCUUAGGUUUGGUUUAAUGAUUAGCACGUGUUUAAAAACGUGAGCCAGGGUUUAUACUGCAUGUUGCUGAACUGCUUAUAA